CUUCCGGCGGACAGAAACUAGGAAGAAACUUAGGGUCGCUGCGGCUGCGCCAGUGCCGGCGUCCGCCUCUCCCGCGCCCCGCAGCCCGGGCAGCGCCGAGCUGUGGGGAAGGCCCGGACAUGGGGCACGCCAGACCUGCCGCAGUGUGAGACGCGAGGCCUCCGGCGGGCUACCUGCCAGGCCGACGGGAGGGCGGGCCGGCGGGGGCCGCCAGCUCGGGCUGCAGCGCCAUGAACAUCGACGUGGAGUUCCACAUCCGCCACAACUACCCGUGGAGCAAGCUGCCGGCCAACGUGCGGCAGAGCCUUGGAAAUUCACAGAGAGAAUAUGAAAAACAGGUUGUCCUGUACAGUAUUCGCAACCAGUUACGAUAUAGGAAUAACUUAGUUAAACAUGUCAAGAAAGAUGAACGAAAAUACUAUGAGGAACUACUUAAGUACAGUCGAGAUCAUCUUAUGUUGUAUCCUUACCAUUUAUCGGAUAUUAUUGUAAAGGGCCUGAGGAUAACACCAUUUUCAUAUUAUACUGGGAUUAUGGAGGACAUUAUGAACAGUGAGAAAAGUUAUGAUUCAUUGCCCAAUUUUACUGCAGCCGACUGCCUAAGACUUCUUGGCAUAGGAAGAAACCAGUACAUUGAUCUAAUGAAUCAGUGUAGGUCAUCAAAAAAAUUUUUCAGAAGGAAAACGGCUCGUGAUCUUCUUCCAAUAAAACCAGUAGAAAUUGCCAUAGAGGCAUGGUGGGUGGUGCAGGCUGGAUAUAUCACAGAAGAUGACAUAAAGAUAUGUACUUUGCCGGAGAAAAGUGCUAUUGAUAAGAUCAUCGAUGCAGGCCCUCAACUCUCUGGAUCACUAGAUUACAAUGUAGUACAUAGCUUGUAUAACAAAGGAUUUAUCUAUCUGGAUGUACCAAUAUCUGAUGACAGUUGUAUUGCAGUCCCUCCUCUUGAAGGUUUUGUAAUGAAUCGUGUGCAAGGUGAUUAUUUUGAAACUCUACUCUACAAGAUAUUUGUUUCAAUAGAUGAGCACACUAAUGUUGCAGAGCUGGCAAAUGUACUUGAGAUAGACUUGUCUUUGGUUAAGAAUGCUGUUUCAAUGUAUUGCCGAUUGGGCUUUGCCCAUAAGAAGGGACAAGUAAUAAAUUUGGAUCAACUUCAUUCAUCGUGGAGGAAUGUUCCAUCUGUAAACAGAUUAAAGAGUACCUUAGAUCCACAGAAGAUGCUGUUGUCAUGGGAUGGUGGGGAAAGUAGGAGUCCUGUACAAGAAGUGUCAUCGGCUACUGACACUGAUACAAAUAGUCAAGAAGACCCAGCCGACACAGCCAGCAUCAGCAGUUUGAGUCUGUCUACAGGCCAUACAAAGCGUAUCGCAUUCCUUUUUGACUCCACUCUUACUGCCUUUUUAAUGAUGGGGAAUCUGUCACCAAAUUUGAAAAGUCAUGCUGUAACAAUGUUUGAAGUUGGCAAACUCUCAGAUGAAUCUCUGGACAGCUUUCUUAUAGAAUUGGAAAAGGUUCAGAGCACUGGUGAAGGAGAAGCACAGAGAUAUUUUGAUCAUGCGCUUACUCUGAGAAACACAAUACUGUUUCUGCGUCAUAAUAAAGACCUAGUUGCGCAAACUCUACAGCCAGACCAGCCCAAUUAUGGUUUUCCACUGGAUCUUUUACGCUGUGAAAGCCUUCUUGGUUUGGACCCUGCAACUUGCAGCAGAGUUCUAAACAAAAAUUACACACUUCUUGUUUCCAUGGCUCCUCUUACCAAUGAAAUCCGGCCUGUCAGUAGCUGUACCCCUCAGCAUAUUGGACCAGCUAUUCCGGAGGUCAGUUCUGUCUGGUUUAAACUAUACAUUUACCAUAUCACUGGGCAAGGACCUCCAUCUCUUUUACUGUCCAAAGGUACAAGACUUCGAAAACUGCCAGAUAUAUUUCAGGGUUAUGAUCGAUUGCUAAUAACAUCUUGGGGUCAUGAUCCUGGAGUAGUUCCUACAUCAAAUGUGCUCACUAUGCUGAAUGACGCUUUAACCCAUUCUGCAGUUCUAAUUCAGGGACAUGGUUUGCAUGGGAUAGGAGAAACUGUUCACAUACCAUUUCCAUUUGAUGAAACAGAACUACAAGGAGAGUUUACUCGAGUCAAUAUGGCUGUUCAUAAAGCAUUGCAAAUAUUAAGGAGCAAAGUGGACUUACAACAUUUUUGUGGAUAUGUCACCAUGUUGAAUGCUUCUAGCCAGCUUGUGAACAGAAAACUCAGUGAUGCUUCUGAUGAGAGAGGAGAACCUGGUUUGGCCUCUGCAUCAGAUGGAAAUGGGAGUACAGAGUCAUUUGAAAUGGUCAUUGAGGAAGCGUCUGUUGAUACAGCAACAAAGCAAAACUCUGUAGCCACAGCAGAAGCAGACUGGGUUCCACUUGAGCUGUGCUUUGGAAUUCCACUAUUUAGUUCUGAAUUAAACCGGAAAGUUUGUAGAAAAAUUGCUACUCAUGGCCUUUGCAGAAAAGAGAGCCUUCAAGACCUCUUACAUUCCAGUAGAAAACUGUCUCUUCAAGUGCUUAAUUUUGUUCACUCAUUCCAGGAAGGUGCUUCAACACUGGAUUUUCACACAGAAACCAGCUUUUCAAGUUUUCUUUCCCAGUCCUCCUCUGCUGAUACGGGGGUUCCUCUUCCUGCAAAGAACUUAAUAUUUAAAGAUGGAGUUUUGUCGGAAUGGAGUGGACGAUCACCCUCUUCACUUCUUAUUGCCAAUCUUCAUUUGCAAUAAUCUGGUCACACCUUUGUUGCUCACACUUUCUGCCUUUUUUUCUUUUUAACAUUAGCUUUAUAGUGCUAGCCUCUAAAAAGCAUCGUGCUAUUAUAGUGCAAUUCAUGCUUAACUAAUGUUAAAAGUUUGGGGAGUGUGUUUUCUGAAGUUCUCCUCAUCACAGCAGUUCCUGAUAUAACAAAGAGCUUUUUAGCAGCCUGCACUGUAUUUUUUACCUUGAGACAAUCUGUGUUUCUUUUAUAAAUGGAGGAUAUACUUUAUAGGCUUUAUGAUGACUGUUAACGUUUUAAGCAGUCACUAAGAAUAUUGCAAUGGUAAUUUUAUAUGUUAGUUUAUCAAACAUAAAUCUUGUUUAAUUUUAUAUUUUGUUACCUACUCUAUGGGAUCAUGGGAAGAGGUGGCACUCUUCCUCUGAAAAGGCUUCUUGGUACUUAACGUAACAAAACUAUGAAAUAAUAAAUAUCCAGUAUUGAAAGAUACCAUGAUGGGGCAUUAAGUGUGGAUAUCUAUAAACUAUGUAUAUGAGCUGACACUUGUUGAAGAUAUGUAUGGAAUAAAUCCCAUAGUUAUGUAUAGCUUAGCCUUGAUUUAAUAGAUCUUAGCUCAGACCUACAUUGACAUCUCAUGACAAGCUUUGGAAAACAUUUUGUUCUUACACAACCUUUGUAUGUAAAUCUCUGUUGGCAUUCAUUUGGGGCUUUGUAUUUUCAGUUUUUUUGUUUGUUUCAUUGUUUGGAAAAAUAGAAUUUAUUUUCUACUCUUGUAGCUGUUUACUGCAUGUUUCAACCUGAUUUUGUUUUACUAUUUUAUUUUAUCCUUUUGUUUAGUAGCUUUACCAGUACAUUAGGAAAUUGAAUUUGAUGUUUCCAAACCAAGGUUUGUGAUUUUAGAUUAUAAAUAUUAUAGGCAUCAAGACUAUGUUUUCUGAUCAAAACAUUUGAGUGUAAACCUACUUUGAAAACAUACUUCUUAGGUGAUCUGGACCUUAGAAUUUAUAUAUAGUUUCUGAGAAAAUGAUAAUGAAAACAUGAAUAAUUUCAAGUAUUUCUUGAGUCAUUGAUUCUUUUAGUAUCCCAGAUGUUAACUAGAAUAAUUGGAAUCACUUCUUAGAUUUUUUUCAAGUUACCUUCCUUGGGAAGUUUGUGCAAUGUUAUAGUUUAGUUCUCAUAGGAUGAUGGUUUGCUAGUUAAAAGUGUAACCAAACUAACUGGCCAAACAACAUAUCUAAAAACACUUAAAAUAUUAGAACAUCGGGUUAGGUUAUAUAACCUAAGCAUUUUUGCUGACAAGUUUUGUUACUUAUAGAACUGGUAUUUGUGUAUUUAACAUACUUGUUAAAACAGCAUAACCAUGCAUUCAGUCCUAUGGCUUGUCUACAGAAUCGAAUGUUUGGGAACAUUCAGUGUUACCUGUGGCGCAUUCAGUGCUGUGUUUGAGGUAAUUGGAAUGACAUUUAGUUUUCUAUUUUGUCUUUUAUGAGGUAGAAACCAAGUAUAUGUUAUAAAUGUUUGUUUAUAAAAUGAAAAAAAACAUUAUAAUAUUAAAAUAAUUUCUUAUAUGACUAUAAAUCAUUAAUUUUCCCCAAUUAUUGUUAUUGUACAUUCCUAGUGCUGUUAGGUAUGUAUGUAACUUACAGUUUUCCAACCAAAAGUUGACACUAUUUUAUUUGAUCAAGGCUCCUUCAUUUUACCUUUACUUGGAUCAAUUGUUACUUUCUUCUGUAUUAACAGUUUAAACUUACUGUAGUGACAUAUACACUAAUAAAGAGUCGAAUAUUUUUAGUUGCUGGCAGUGAACCCAGUGGUUGUUGAAUUUAAAACUUAAAAUAUGGGAGUGAUUUGCUGCUAUUAUUUCCUUUGAGAGAUAAUGGAGGAAGAAAUAGAACCUAAUGAUGAAUUUUAAGGAAAGUAUUGACCUAACAUUCGGUCAAUUCUGAUAUCUCUUAUGAAUAGGAGAAGAUUUUUCUUUUUUCCACAGCUGAAGACCUCUCAUAGUUUAAGGAGGAGUAAUCUGCUUCUUUAGAACUGUUAGCUGAAUGUGAGAGGUGCUUUUGUGCUUUGCUUUAUGAAUUUGGCUUUGUUUCACUUCUAUGUUAACUCAUAUAAAGUUCUGUCCUUUAAAAUUUUAUACAAACAUUCAUUCAUUUCAACAAAAAGAAUAAAAGUAAAUUUAAACUAUAGGGCGUGUUUGCCAAAGAAGAUUUAUGUAAGAAUUUCUAUCAGAAAUGUUUAGAAUAAUUUCACUUGGCUUUGGUCCACCAACACCAUCCACCCUUGAAUGUAUCCACCAGCUUAAACCCAUGGUUAAUAUUCUUUAGAAGCCAAGAGAAAGCAUAUAUUAAAAAGUACAUAAAAUUUAAAAAAUUUAAUAGGGAAUGAUUACACCUCUCAAAGUGGAUCUAGAGAAAUGCAUUAAAAUACAUUUGAUCAUCUGAUUUUUUUCUGUUAUCAUUCUUUUUAAGUAUGUAAUUGAAUGAUUUAUAUUUGUUUGUUUUGAGUAAUACGGUUUCCUUGAUGUUUUCAGUUUUAUCUGUCAUUUAUGUUUCUCUUUUAUGUUCAGUGUUUCAAAUACAGUUUGUAUUUAAAUAUUUUAAAGUACCAAAACUGUAACUGACUACAGUGGAUUGUUUUCUGGUAUAUUCAUAAUAUACAAUGAGAUGUAUAAAGUGAUGUCAAUUGAUGUUGACAUAUAUAAUAUGUUUACAAAUAAACUGUGGUAUUGAUCAAGUUACCUCAAAAAUGUGUAUAAUCUCUAAGUCCCUUUCUUAGUUUUGAAUACAGCUAUGUUUUCAGUGCUGUGGCUUUUCAGUACUUU